AUGUUAUUUGUGCUCAAAAGGUUCUUGAAGGCACCCAGUCUCACCGUGACGAUAAUAGAGAAGCCGUACAAUCAACUUGUAAUGAUGGACGAUCCUAGAUCACCAGGAGGUCAGCGGCUGGACUUCACUGGGCCAGCAGCCAACUUUGUCCAGUACCUCUCAGAUUCUCUAAAUUUUACGUAUGAGUACUUAAUACCUCCGGAUGGUACGUAUGGCACCAGGACUGUGGAUGGUACCUGGACUGGCAUGGUUGGCUUGGUGAACAGGGAGGAAGCAGACAUCUCCAUAGGACCUCUGAGUAUGACUGCAACUCGUACUCAGGCAGUCGACUUCACAUGGCCAGUAUUGUUUGAUAAUACUCGUGUCUUAGCUGGUCAGGGGAAGCUAGAGGUGGACCCGUGGAGCUUCCUGUUACCACUGACACCGAUGGUGUGGACAGCUACACUGACCACGCUGCUGCUGCUGCUGCCUGCUGCUAUGCUGCUGUCUUAUCUAUGCUUCUCUCAACAGAGACUUCUGAAUUUUAAGUUGAUUGAUGAUAGCUAUAAUUUUCUACGUAUAUUAUUACAACAAAGUAAGUUAAUUUACAAUUCAGUAUGUUGGUGGAGGAAGUUCAUAUUUGGGGCUUGGAUGAUGGCCACAUUGGUGUUAACUCGGAGUUACUCUGGCAACUUGAUGGCUCUCCUGGCAGUGAGACACAUCCCACAACCCUUCCAGUCGCUCCGGCAAGUUAUCGAUGAUCCGUCAACAAUUAUGAUAUGGCAGAGAGGCUCAGUAAACACAGAAUAUAUUCGUAAUGCUAAAUCUGGCAUAAUCCGAGAAGUGGCUGACUUAGAAGCUACAGGACGAGUGAUUUACAUGGCACCGCAAGAGUACAAGACUGCUAUAAAUACCUUGGUGAGACGAGGCACUCACGUCCUCGUAGACGUCGACAUAUCACUCAGAUAUUUAACUGCCCAAGACUUCACGGAAACAGGUCGCUGUGACUUUUACUCGUCCAGAGAAGGGUAUCUGCCGUUCUCGUCUGGUGCAAUAAGUCAGAAGGAUAACCCUAUUGUGACAUCUUUAAAUCACAGAGUUAUGGCUCUUGUGGAAUCCGGGAUAUUCGUUAAAUGGUUCAUAGCAAAUAUUCCUAACUCCACAAAAUGUCUCAAUCCUCCAACGAAGUUCACCGUCCGUUCAUCUCUGUCCUUGGCAAAUCUUUGGGGAAUGUUCGUAGUUGUGGCCGGUGGUACAGCUGUCAGUUUGUUGGUGUUUUGUUUGGAGAUCCUAAGUGCUAGAUCUUCCAGGGACGGACCUCCGCUACAACUGACUUAA